AUGGACGCCUCCUCCCUCCGCAUCUACAAGUUCGAUGGAACUAACUUCCACGCCUGGAAGUUCAAGAUGCAGAUGGUGCUGGAGGAACGGGACCUAUGGGAGGUCGUCAGCGGUGAGAUCAAGGCGGAACAGUGCGAGACUCAGUUGGACCAAGCGACGUACAAGAGGAAGUCAAGAAAGGCGAUGGCAGUGAUCUGUCUAGCCAUGGAAGAUUCCCAGCUACCGUUGGUCCGGUCGGCAAGUGGUGCAUGCGACGCAUGGUCAAGGUUGGAAGACCACUUCGAGAAGAAGAGUCUUGCCAACAAGCUGUUCUUGCGCCGUCGCUUCUUCACGACAAUGAUGGAAGAAGGCGACGAUGUGCUCGAACACAUCAACAAGCUCAAGACGCUGGCGGAACAGCUAGAAGCGGUGGGGGCUCCAGUCUGCGAGGACGAUCUGGUGAUCACACUCCUCGGCAGCCUGAGUGACUCGUAUCAAUUCUUGAUCACAGCUUUGGAGUCGCGCUCAGACACUCUUAGCUGGGAGCUCGUGACGUCUCGACUGCUUCAUGAAGAAAUGAAGCGGAAGGAGCAAGGAAGUAAAGGUGAUGAAGCUUCGCAAGGUCAAGCGUUCAUCACAAGGGACAAUCAGCGCAAAGGGCGACCAGUGAAGAAGUCCUGGCCGUGCCACAAUUGCGGAAAGAUUGGUCACUGGAUGGCGGAGUGCCCCUCGCGCAUCCAAGAAAACACGGAGAGACACCGGCCACAGCGUGCUCAAGACAGCGGCGACCGCUAUCGAUCACAACGUGCAAACGUCGUGAUGAACUUUAGACUUCUUGGUCCGAGUGCAAAACGCAAAGUGAAUAUAUAUUUAUAA